AUCCUUCUGAGUGGCGCGUCGCUCGAUUGCCGCAACACCAUAACAUUCCAACUUUGCCUCUUGCAAACAAGUUUUGUCAUGGCCCCAAUCUGUCCACCACCACCACCUCCUUCUCCUCCUCCUCCUCCUCUGUAUGGCGCCCCCUUUCCUGAAAAGCCUGCUAUGCCCGUUAUCUUCGACACCGACCUCACUACUGUCGUUGAUAUGACGAAAGCUAAGAAUAUCGCUGUGCACAAGAUUGAUAAAUCGAUUUGGCACCUGCAAGACUCUGACCGCAUACUCAAAAGAGGGCCUAACGUAAAGGUCGCAGAGGCAGAAGCUUUGCGUUUUAUUGCCUCAUCAACCCAUGUGCCUGUUCCAGAAGUUUUCGGCGCUUACGAAAAGGAUGGCUUUGGUAAUAUUUUUAUGUCUAGGGUUAUUAGAACACCGCUGCAUGACGUUCUCCAUACCUUUCACCAAGCACAGGUAGAAAGAGUGACUACACAACUUUCAAGAUUCGUCCAAAGCUGGAUGGGUCUACGUGGUGACUUUUUUGGGUCUAUGGGCUUUAAACCGUACCGGAAAUAUGGCCCAUUCAGGUCGCAUACAAAAUACUGUAAUGGGCUUAUCGAUGCACUUCGAAAUUCCCGGCCUUAUGGACGAUUCGAUGCCAAUGAUGCGCACCUGAUAGAAAGAAUCCAGCGUCUUGGGGACAAAUGCGCUGUAUUCUGCCAUGGAGAUCUUACCCCAGACAAUAUACUCGUUGAUGACCAACUCAAUGUGGUUGCUAUCCUAGACAUAGGAGUUUCAGGGUUCAGUAUACCUGAACGUGAAUACUUUGAAGCAAAGUCGCGCGCUCGUAAUUCUUUGUGGUCUUCCAUGAUCGAUCUGAUAAUUCCAAAGAUACCGGAUAACACUUAUGCCUUACUAUUAGAACUUGAGCGUGAGCUGGUUCGAUAUAGUGGACUAUGA